AAAUAAAAUAAAUUAAUUAAAAAACAGUUUUUGCGGGUUCCUAUUCUGGUUUCAGUAAAAGCGAGUCUGCUCGGUGCUGCCAUCAUCCUGAAGUUCAAAUUUGGUUGAAAGCAAACCAGGGUGUACCGUCCAUAUGGUACCGUCUAGUUACAAAUCCCACCCUAACUUCAACCCUCGAUAUGUUUUGUGUUAUGUAUCCAAUAUGUGGUUUUAUUUGUUGAUUGAUCUAUUGCACAUUCGCCUCGGAAUUUCUGUUCGUUUCUGUUUCAUUUUUGUCAUAUAACCAGGUUAGUAAGUUUUGUACAUUUUUAAUCUCAUAGUUUUAAAGUAUGAAUAACAUAUUGUUUUUUUUUUGUUUUGUUUUGUUUUCUAGCGACAAUCUGUGUUGAUAUAGAGGACAUUUUAUUUUUCAAUAAUUACCCGGGGACUUAAUGCAUUUGCGCAAGUGCUCAGAAAGAAAAAAAAAACUUGUACAUUUCUAUUCUUUUCUUCCUUUCUUUUUAAACUCGUUCCUGUUUAAAAAACAUAUAGAUCUAGCGAAGGAUAUUCAAUAGUGUCCAACUCUCCUCUUCUUUGAGACUCGGAUGUAGCAGAAAUCGGAGGAUGGAUUUCUUCCAGUCGUCUCGCUCCGAGAUGGGGACCGUGCGCGUUCAUGUGGCAGCUAUAAACGGCCGCGACGCGCUCCGAGCUGCGAGUAGUCAGACAGAAAGAGAUGAGAGGGGGAGAGCCGCGGCAGCGGACUGCAUCUGCGUUUGGUCCGAGCGUGGGCACAAGCUAAUGCAACAGGGACGCUUCAAAUGCCUCAAAUGCAAACUUUCUCGCCCGUGUUUGCAGCUUCCUGAUUUUUUGUGGACAUAUGAGAAGAAAAGUGCAACCAUGCCACUGAAUGAGACUGAAGUCCAAACACUGGCCCCAGAGCCAUGUGAGCAGCAGAUGCUCCAGGAGGACAACCCUGGAGGUGGGAGCGGGGGUUCAGCCACCAGCAACCUGUCGCUGCACUGCUGGCUGCAGCUCCUCACCAGGGAAUCCAUCAUGGAACUACAAGGGGACAGCUCCAGCUUGGUGGUGCGUGUGAUGAUAGCGUGUGUGUACUCCAUAGUCUGCGCUCUGGGCUUGGUGGGGAACUCGCUGGCUCUGUAUCUGCUCCACUCCCGCCACAGGCAGAAGCAGUCGUCCAUAAACUGCUUUGUGAUGGGGCUGGCUAUCACAGACCUGCAGUUCGUUCUGACUUUACCCUUCUGGGCGGUGGACACGGCGCUGGACUUCCGCUGGCCUUUUGGCCGGGUCAUGUGCAAAAUCAUCAGCUCCGUCACCACCAUGAACAUGUACGCCAGCGUGUUUUUUCUGACGGCGAUGAGCGUGGCGAGGUACUACACCAUCUCCUCGGCUCUGAAGAUGCACAGUCGGAGGGCGGCCGCGUCCAGGGCGAAGUGGACCAGCCUUGGCAUCUGGGCCGUCUCUCUGCUGGCUACUUUGCCACAUGCCAUCUACUCCACCAGCGCAGAGGUGUCGGAUGAGGAGCUGUGCCUGGUCCGCUUUCCGGACUCUGGCAGAUGGGAUCCACAGCUUCUUUUGGGUCUGUACCAACUACAAAAGGUCCUGCUGGGGUUCCUUAUUCCUCUGAUCAUAAUUACUGUCUGCUACCUGCUCCUGCUGCGAGUCAUCCUCAGCCGUCGCAUCACCGGAGCAGCUGAUCCAGAGGCCAAACAAGGCCGUCUGAACCGGCGCUCCAAAGUCACCAAAUCAAUUGUCAUAGUGGUUCUGUCUUUCUUUCUGUGCUGGCUGCCCAAUCAGGCUCUCACGCUCUGGGGGGUCCUUAUAAAGUUUGACCUUGUUCCAUUUAGCAAGGCAUUCUAUAACGUGCAGGCCUACGCCUUCCCGCUGACCGUGUGCCUGGCGCACACCAACAGCUGCCUCAACCCUGUGCUCUACUGCCUGAUUCGCCAGGAGUUUCGGGCAGGACUCAAGGAGCUCCUCCUCCGCGCUACGCCGUCCUUCAGGAGCUUGACUCACCUGCUGCAUCGCAAGACCAAAGUGGCUGAGGCGCCAACCGUACUGGUUCUGGUUCCAAUGGAUGUCUGAGCACCACGGCCUGUUUUGGAUGUGAGGAAGCGAGAGCAGCUAACUCAGAGAGCGUGCUUUUCGUAUUGAUCCAGAGCAGCUUGCUGAGGGACGGAAAGUUAUUCUAGCCUUUUCCAAAACGUGACAAAAAAAAAAA